GCUCCAGACCACUGUGCGAAUGGAAUGCAUGGGAUCAGAGUUCAAAACUGGUCACCAGCUCCUUGAAUCUGAUUUACAAAGAACUCGUUUAGAGCUUCACAGCCUAAUGGACCGGUUCUCAAGACUUCAGGACAACUACUCCAGCACUCAACAAAUCAACCACCUUCUGGAGAAAAAAUUGCAUUGUGUGGCACAAAGCAUGGAUGGAGAGCGUGAGCAACUGAACCAGCGUGUCUCUGAGCUCACAGAACAGCUAUGUGCAGCAAAUACAACAAUCCAAAGUCUCGAGACCAUUAAUGUGACAUCAAUGCUACAGGAAGCCCUGGUGAAACACUUGAAAUCUGAUGAUCCCCUUACUCCACUACCAGUGGCCCCACCUCCAGCUCAGUUCAUAGAUAGUGGCCAUUAUGACAAAGGGGAUGACCAAUCAUUGGGCACGCUCCCAGAGGAGGAAGAAUCGGAUUGGUCAGAAUUGGGGGAGGAGGCACAGAACUUUAUUUUAAGGGGUUCACAGAGAACUCAUGAAAACACUUAUGUGCAAUGGCAGCAGGGACAAGGCUGCUGGGAGGGGGCAAAUCAGUAUGGGAGGGGAAAUGCUGACACCGAAAGUGAUUCUGGUGGUGAGGAGAACAAAACUCACCAUCCUCACACCCUACAGAUACCUCAUCUCAAAUUCACUGUCCACCCCGAAACAUUAUUGGCCCCCAUCGCAGAUGGUCAAGCAUCCGAGAGCUACCAGAUCACAGAGGUACGCAAUCUGGGCUCCCCCAUCCGUGUCCUAUCUGCUAGUCUGGAAGAGAUCAACACCAUUGGGCUUCUGAAGAAGCAGGAUAGUCCUGGCCAGCUGAGGUCCAAUAAAUCCAUGAUGGACCUCCACCAUACACAGUUUGGCACCAGACAGGUCACGUAUGUGAAUGAGAUUGUUUGUAAUUGGCAAGAAGCAAACAGCCAGGGCCCUGGAAAGGAAGUUAAUGGGAUGGUUGGUCUGGAGUCUGCUCAAAAAUUGCUCAACCACUUCAUCCAUGAUGGGGAGAGUACAGACUUGUGACACAAGGGUGUAUGGUGAAUCUGUUACAGUAUUUAUGAUGCAAGUAGUAGUAAUGCAAUUACAGUAGGUCAGUAGGUUGCCAAUUACAUUGGCAACCUACACCUACUCACUGAGCACUUUAUUAGGAACAUUUGUACACCUACUUAUUCAUGCGAUUAUCUAAACAGCCAAACAUGUGGCAGCAGUGCAAUGCAUAAAAUCCUACAAACACGGGUCAAAAGCUUCAGUUAAUGUUCACAUCAACCAUCAGAAUGGGAGAAAAAAUGUGAUCUUAGUGAUUUAGACAGUGGCAUGAUUGUUGGUGCCAGAUUGGUUGGUUUGAGUAUUUAUGUAACCGCUGAUCUAAUGGGAUUUUCACACACAACAGUCUCUAGAAUUUACUCAGAAUGGUGCGAAAACAAAAGACAUCCUGUGAGUGGCAAUUCUGUGGACAGAAAUGCCUUGUUGAUGAGAGAGGACAACAGCGAUUGGCCAGACUGGUUCAAGCUCACAGAAAAGCUAUGGUAACUCGGAUAACCACUCUGUACAAUUGUAUUGAGCAGAGUUGCAUUUCAGAAUGCACAACACAUCGAACCUUGAGGCAGUUAGGCUACAUCAGCAGAAUACCACGUCAGGCACUUUAUUAGGACCAUAGUGUUCCUAAUAAAGUACUCAAUGAGUGUAUAUUUUAUGUAUGAUUUACAAGAUGAGAAAAAAAAACGUAUUUUUUUCUUUAAAAUUAAAUCGUAAAGUCUUAAAUUCCUAACAAAUUUUAGACAUAAUUUAAUGCCAUUUAAUUGGCAAAAUAUUAACGCAGUGGUUCUCAGCUAUUUUUGCUUCAGGACCCUGAUUUUACAUUGCACAUCUAGUAGCGACCCAAAGCAAAAAAAAAAAAAACAUAUUUAAUGUCUAGGUCUUUUUUUCUUUUACCCUGCAAGUUUUUGUUAAUGGUUUUCCAGGAUGAGGGCAUGUCACACAAUCUGUCCAUGUUGGCAUCUGCCUAAUCUGACAGAUGCAUACAGUAGAUUUUGAUUUAUUGCACACACAUCCUGUAACAGCAACAACAACAAAAAUAGUAUUUGCAUUAAGCCUUGUUUUCCCCUGCUGUCUGGACCCAGUCAUGUAACCUAUUUUUGUAGCAACCAGUUCAGAGCCAUUUUAUUAUUUCUAGCCAUUGAUGUACAGUAGAUCAACUGCAAACAUGUAGUUCACUCUGUUUUUGACCAAUUCAUCCAUAGGAAAUCCUAGUCUCUUCUGCCACAGUCCUUUAUAGACUGAGUAAAGAUAUCAGGUUUGAUAUAGAAUGACAAAACUGCUAGAUUCAUUAAAUAGUUUAAGCUAGAAAUGACUAAACUUUGCUCAUUAUAUACUUAUAUGUAAUUUGUAAAUGAUCAGUAUUUAAUUGUUUGCUUACCUAUUUGAGUGCAUGUAAUAAUGUUGUAAUAAUUUGUAUUAUAAUCUGUUUUAAAGCUUUAUUCAGCAUGCAUGAUGGUAUAAUAGAACAAAUGAAGAGGUAUUUAAACUAGAGCUGUAAAAAUGUACACGUUAACGCAUGCAAUUAAUCUCAUCGUGAUUAACACAUUUACCGUUAAUACAGCAUAAACCAGCAUAAACACAUGAUGGAUGAGCAGAACCUUUGCGUUGUUUCCGCCUGGAGUCAUUAUACCGACGCACACUUCUCAGCACACACUCAUACGUGCUUCCAUGUCAGUGAUAAAAUGAUGGAGAAAAGACCUCUGAGCACUAUUUGGUGUACAAAACAAGCCCAGAUGGGACUUGUGAUAGAAAAGUAUUUUUCAGAUGCUUGAUGCUGAUGCCCAGAUGCGAAUCAUGAGUUUAAGAGAUUGAAUGCCCAUUGCAAUGAAAAUGCAACAUAUGCAGAGACUAGUUUUUCCAAUUAGUCAACCUGCCAAUUAGAUUUUGGGAAAUGUUUAAUGUUACUUGAAUUGGUGCUAUUUUAGUGCUGACAGCACUUAUACAUACAUAAAACAAUACAGAUCAGAUAUACAAUUAGAUUUGAAAUAAUGAGAAAGGGAUGUGCUGUUAAGAUUGACUCCCUAUACACACUUUAUAUACAGGAUUUAAAGGAAAAACUCCUGUUCAUCACUGAUGUUUUUCCAUUCUAACAUGCAAACUUAAACAGUGUGUAUUUAACAGUGCAUAGCUAUUUGACAAACCCCUUGUGUUGCAGAAUGUUUUAGCGCAAUGUCAUGAUGAUUUAACUUUUUUGGUUCAUAAACUGUAUAAUGCAUCUUCCUAAAUGUAUUACCUAGUACAU